AUGGCAGAUACGGCGUCUGGAUCGAAGCAUGUCGUCUCCGAUCUGGAAGCGAUUAUGGAAGAACUGGGGCUGACUGAGGAUAACCUGCAAGAUGUUGUGAUUGAGGAUGAGGAACUUCCGGCGGAGGCAACACGCGGAUGGCAAUCGCUAGGGUUCAUACUAAAAAACCCUACAGUCAAUACAGGCGACUGGGAGCACGUGAUGGAGGAGGGGCCAUGGCAGUUCAAAGGGAAGGCAGUGGUUCUUGCGCCCUAUGACGGCUUCACGAAGCCAUCUACAAUAGAGUUGAAAACAAUCGACAUAUGGAUGCAGAUACACGAUCUGCCGGACAGUUUCUUCUCCAAGAUCAAAGCCCUAUCCUCUACGAUAGGGGAGUUUAUUUAUGCUGAACCAAAAUCACAUGAUUUUGAAGGGAACUUUGCUCGGGUCCGUCUGAGGAUCGAUGUCACAAAGCCUCUCAAGAAUGCUGUGUCGCUGGUAAUCAGGAAAAAGGAUGCACUUGAAAGGGUGAUUUUCAGGGUGAAAUAUGAGCGUCUCCCUGACUGGUGUGCAGUAUGUGGAUACCUCGGCCAUUUGUUUAAAGAAUGUGGUGAUGGAGUUCACGCACCAAAGGCUCUAGUGUUCAAAGAUCUCAGGGCUACUUGGUUCAGAGGACCAGGCAGAGGACCAGGUGAAGGAAGAGGAGAUGCCAAUGCUGGUGGUACACGAGGUGGCCGUGGCAGAGGCCGGGCAGGGCGAGGCCGUGGACAUGGAUUCACCGGGCAGAACUACACAGACAACACUGCAGAGACGGAUGGAGAGAAGCACCAGGACAUUGCUAUGUUUAAUGCUGAUAAGAACAGGAAGAGGGGAUCAAUUGAGGCUAGUCCACCAGCUCUAGCAACUCCAGGGGCUACUACAAAUGUAGCAAACCAGCUGCUGCUGCUGCCUUCAACAUCUAGUCCUUCUGAGGUCCCUCACAGUCCACCACCAAAACAGGAACCGAAGAGGAACAAAACAACUUCGGUGAAUGAUAAGAACAGUGGGGAGACUCCGAAUGCACCAAAAAACAAUGAUGCGCGUGUGGCGGGCCCCCUAGGGGGGUCGCGCCAAGCGCAAUGA